CAACUAACUGCAGAGAAACGGAAAAGCAUCUGCUGGCACACUACCCACUCCUUCCCACCUUAUAUAGUCCCUCCUACAUGGACUGGAGACAGAAGGAGAGUUUCUGAAGAAGGAACCUGGCUGGUCCCCUGUGUUUCACAACUGCAGAGAAGCAAAUCGCAGUCAUGAGUGAGGCCACCAAAAAGUCCCUGGAAAAAAUCCUUCCACAGCUGAAGUGCCAUUUCACCUGGAAAUUAUUCAAGGAUGCAAAUAUGCCAUAUUAUCUAGAAGAAAGAGUGCGGAGCCAGAUUGAACUUUUAAACACUGAGCACAAAGCUACAAUGUAUAACUUCUUAGCCUACAUAAAACACUUACAUGGAAAGAAUGAAGUAGCCCUAGAAUGCUUACAGCAGGCUGAGGAGUUACUCCAGCAAGGCCACACUGACCAGGAGGAGAUCAGAAGUCUGGUCACGUGGGGUAACUAUGCCUGGGUGUACUAUCACUUGGGCUUAUUCUCUGAAGCUCAGACUUAUAUUGACAAGGUGAAGUGUAUAUGUGAGAAGUUUUCAAAUCCUUACAGCAUUGAGUGUCCUGAGAUUGACUCUGAGGAAGGAUGGACACGACUCAAAUGUGGAAGAAAUCAGAGAGCUAAGGUGUGCUUUCAGAGGGCUCUGGAAGAACAGCCCAACAACCCCGAAUUUGCCUCAGGACUGGCAAUUGCUAUGUUCCACCUGAAUAGUAAGUCUCAGAAGGAGCCUUCUGAUGAAGCUCUGAAGCAGGCCAUUGAGCUAAAUCCUGACGAUCAGUAUGUCAAAGUUCUAAUGGCCCUGAAACUACAAAAGAGAAAUGCAGAGGCCGAAGGAGAACGAUUAGUGGAAGAAGCCCUGGGGAAGGACCCUUGCCCAACAAAUGUCCUUCUAAAAGCGGUCACAUUUUACAGAAAAAAGGGGGACCUAGACAAAGUUAUUAAUCUGAUUGUCAGGACAACAAAAUGCACACCAAAUAACAGCCACCUUUAUUACCAUACUUUGCGCAGCUUCAUGGACCUAGUCAAACAAAUGCAGGCCCCAGGAGAAGCCAGUGGAAAUCAAGAGAAGAUGGAGCAACUGGAGGAACUGCUCAGAGACUACAUGAAGGAAGCUCUUGAAAAGAGAGCAAGUCUUCUCAAUGCACACUUGGAGCUCAAUGAGUUCCUGGAAACAGAAGAAUGCUGUCAGAAUGCAUUUAGUAAAGAGCUCCCCAAGGCUAAGAGCCAACAUUUCCAUCUGAGGGAUAGCAGCCUUCAAGAGAAUCCUGGACAGGCAGAAGACACUGCUGUUCAAAAUGGUUUUGAGAGUUUUUCUAGAAGCAAAGACAAACCAGAGAAGGAAGAAAUGAAAAGCCAAGAACAAAACACAGAUAGAAACCUACUUCAGCAAGAUGCAGGGAGUUCUUGGUAUCUGCAAGGAUCAGUUCAUGAACUGAACGGAGAUCUGUUGCAAGCCCUGGCAUGUUAUGAGAAAGAACUAGGUUAUUUGCUUAGGGAGUCCCCCUCAGGCAUAGGCAACUUCUUCUUGACAGCAUCACAGCCUAAAGGUGGCAAUGAUGAUAAGGACCAAAGCCUGGAAGCUUCUCAUGUCCUGGAUUGAUUCACAGAAGAAGAAGGGAAAUGCUGAGAGUAGAAGUGUGGGGUUAUGGAGAACACUUAGAAACCUAGUGUCCCCCCGGUUUGGAAUUGUUCAUUGUUUUAAAGUACAUUUUGCAUCAUUAUCAUGUCCACAUAGUCAUAUAGUUAUCUGAUUAGCUUUAGUUAUCAAUAAUCACUAGUGGAAAGUGCUUUAGGCUUACAUGAUACUAAUUUGUUUUCAGUGUGCAUUCACUCACGUAAUCUGCAUCCUUGCUCCUCUUACCAACAAUACUUGGUGACUGUUCACCAACAGUAUCUUCAAACUUACUUCCUUAACUCCAUUUCCUUCCAGCCUUUUCUGCCAGGAUGAUUCAUGUUUGACCAAACUUGGAAUAUUUCUUCCAUCCUAUUCUUGGUUUAAUCAUGUCAUUUAUGUGUUUUUUAUACUGAUUUAACAAUGUGUGUACGUGACAGUUAUGCUAUAAUAAAUGUAAAUUUUCAACACAUAAUAUA